UGACUUUUCGUUUCAAAAAUAGUCUUGUAAAUGAAAAAUUGUAUUCAAUUGGAAAGCUGAGCUCGAAGCAUCUUAGCUGUUCUCUGGCAACUUUAUUGUUUUCGCUCUUAUAAAAAUAAUAUAAGCGCUUAAAAACAGUUUUAAAAUAAUAUCGCAAAGCUCAUCUAUCUCUUUUCCGCUGAUUACCGAUAAAUAUUAAAAUCAGCUGUUUUAUAAUGGCUCUGUAAUCAGCUUUAAAAUUUCGAAAUUGUUUUGGUUCAACUCUUCAAUUCUUGUCAAAGGCGGCGUUAACCGUUUUAUUUUAUUUACCCCAUUUUCUAAUAUAUGUAAAUAGGAUUUUUUUCAACACUGUAGCUCUUCAUAUACGAAGAAGAAGAAGCGAAUUAUUUGUCAGUCUAAAUUAGUUUUUUGCGUUUGCAAAUAGAAAAAACGUAAAAGAUUAAAAAAUAGUUGAGCAUAAAAACGAUAAACUAGUAUCAAAUGGCUUCAACUUCAAGACUCGAAAACAAUAAGGUGUGCUGCUAUGCACACCCCGAGUCUCCAUUAAUUGAGGAUUAUCGAGCUGGUGACAUGAUAUGCUCAGAGUGUGGCUUGGUUGUUGGAGACCGCGUUAUAGAUGUGGGCUCCGAGUGGCGCACAUUCAGCAACGAGAAAAGUGGUGUAGAUCCCAGUCGUGUUGGCGGUCCAGAGAAUCCCCUACUUAGUGGCGGUGAUUUAUCCACAAUUAUUGGUCCUGGCACAGGCUCAGCUUCAUUCGAUGCUUUCGGGGCACCCAAAUACCAAAACAGACGCACUAUGAGCAGUUCAGAUCGUUCGCUAAUCUCCGCAUUCAAAGAAAUUUCAUCAAUGGCUGAUCGCAUCAAUUUACCCAAAACCAUUGUCGACCGCGCAAACAACUUAUUCAAGCAGGUGCAUGAUGGUAAAAAUCUAAAAGGACGCUCAAAUGAUGCCAAGGCAUCCGCUUGCUUGUAUAUAGCCUGCCGCCAAGAAGGUGUUCCACGCACAUUCAAGGAAAUCUGUGCAGUUAGUAAGAUUAGCAAGAAAGAAAUCGGCAGAUGCUUUAAGCUAACGUUAAAAGCACUUGAGACAAGUGUUGAUUUAAUUACCACUGCCGACUUUAUGUGCCGUUUUUGUGCAAACUUGGAUUUGCCGAAUAUGGUGCAGCGAGCUGCUACACAUAUUGCAAAAAAAGCUGUGGAAAUGGACAUUGUACCUGGACGAUCGCCAAUCUCUGUGGCAGCCGCCGCAAUUUAUAUGGCAUCGCAAGCAUCUGAGCAUAAGCGCAGCCAAAAGGAAAUUGGUGAUAUUGCUGGAGUAGCUGAUGUGACCAUAAGACAAUCAUAUAAGCUAAUGUACCCGCAUGCGGCAAAACUAUUUCCAGAGGAUUUCAAGUUUACAACACCAAUUGAUCAGCUACCGCAAAUGUAAAAUAUACUGCAGCAAAGAAUAUCGAUGCUCAAUCAUCAUUUAUACCUUCAGAAACUAAGUUUGCAAAAUUAGCAACAUGGAUAUACAUAAAUAUGUGUGUAGGGCAUGCCUAGUUUUAAGGCAGAAUUGACCAUACUUUAAUCACAAGAAAAAUACGAUUUUAUUCAUAUUAAAAAGCCUUAAAACGCAAAUGAACUCGCCUUGUUAAAAUGCAGCACGAAGCUUGCACCAAUGUAAUUAAGAUCAGAGAAUCAAAAUAUAUAUAUAGGGCAUGACAUACACGUUUGCUCAGUGCAUUGUAAG